AUGGGGGUCCACGUGGGGCUGCCUCUGCUCUCCCUGCUGCUGCUGCUUUGGGGCCGGCGGAGCUCCCGAGCUUCCUGCCAGAAAGACACCUACCUCGGGCCGAACGAGAAGUGUUUCCCUUGCACGAUCUGUGAAGGCGAACAGGUCUAUGAAAAGGAGUGUACUGAAACAGCAAAUGCAGUUUGCAAAUGCAUUCGGUGUGAAGAGUGCGGGAUCGGAAAGCAGCGGACAAAGGAAGGUUGCCGACAUUGUCCCCAAGGGACCUUUAACAAUCAAGUCAAUGGUGUAUGCAUAAAAUGGACACAAUGUCCGUCCGAUAAGAUCAUGACUCCCGGGACGGAGGCGGAGGAUGUGAUUUGCAUGCCCGAGUUCAAAGGUCCAUCAACAGCACCAUCACCCACCGCCCCAGGCUCAGACACCACGGAAGGCCUAGCGAUCACCGCCAGCAUUGGCCUGACCGUAGCUGUUGUUGUGAGCCUGCUGCUUUUCUCCAUCUUCUUCAGCUUGUGGGCCAGGAUGAAGUUCCCUGCUAUUUUCAUGAAAUUUCCCCUCAAGUCACCGGCCCAGGAGGUGGAGGACUGCAGCUGCUGCUACCCAGAGGAAGAAGAAGGGGGAGGCAGCGAUACCUCAGGCCUGAAGGGGGAGCUACUGGAGAACAUUCCUUAA